AUGGAUUCUGAUCCUUCCUUUUUUCAGAAUCUUAUGAAUAUAAUGAAGGAUAUUUCUAAUCACCUCUCUAACCACGAAAUAACCGCUUCUGGCAAGGGAAAAAAGAAUAACUCUUCAAGUAGUGAUGACAUGGAUGCAAUUACAAAAGGUAUGGCAGAAUUAUCAUUAAAUGUGGCUAAAAUCAAAAAAUCUCUACGUAGAUGUUCAUAUUGUCAUAAGACGGGUCACACUUCCCGCACUUGCCCUAAAAGAAAAAAGAGCAAAAGAAAAGCUCGCGUACACCAUAUUAGUAAAAAUGAUAACUCAGAAUCCGACAGUGAUUGCUCUGAUAGUGAAUCUGGAACAGAGUCCGAUUCUGGAGAGUCAUCAGGUGAAUCCGAUCAUAGUAUUGAUGUACAUUUUUCUAAAUCAAAAAAAAAGUGA